AGAUCGUAUUGUGCAGUCAGCUGUGAUUGUGUUAUACAACUGAUUGUGUUGUGCGCUGCUUCGUUUUCCGUAGUAUUCGCGAGUUCGUUUUGUUUUGUUACUUUUUUGUCAAACUGUGGUGCGAAAUGGAACCCGGCGGGAGGGAUUCCCGUUUCAAUUUAGGUUAUAGCAUGAAUUUAUUAAGCGGUGAGACACCGCCGGAAAUUUACGGCAACCCUAAUUUAGGGAGACCGUCUACAAGUUUACAACAACUCUCACCUCGACAUACUAUGGUGUCUAGUGCUUGUAAUCGCGGCAUAAAAUCGGAUAUGUAUGAUGACAGAGCUAUGUCAAGUCAAGGUAUGGGUCUGGAUGGUUGUGUAAACGAAAUUAACGAAGACUCCUACUCAAUGCAAUCAAAAAAAUCACCUCCUAGUAAUGGAAAGAAAACCAAAGGACGUGUUAAAAUCAAAAUGGAAUAUAUUGAAAAUAAACUGAGAAGGUACACUACGUUUUCUAAAAGAAAAACUGGAAUUAUGAAAAAGGCUUACGAAUUAUCCACCCUUACUGGUACACAGGUAAUGCUACUGGUAGCGUCAGAAACUGGUCACGUGUAUACCUUCGCUACUAGAAAGUUACAGCCAAUGAUAACAAGUGAAGCAGGAAAAGCCCUUAUUCAAACCUGCCUCAAUUCUCCCGACCCACCAGCAGGAUCUGCAGGGGGAGACCAAAGAAUGUCUGCAACUGGUUUCGAAGAAACGGAACUCACUUACAACAUAUCCGAUGAUGACUCCAAAAAUGAAAACAUAUCAGGGGCCGAUUCAAGUUACAGUGGUAGUGAUGGUGAGAUGGAUACAGAAAACCCUUCAUCAGGUUUUGCACAAUCAGAUAUUCCUAGUUUUUCUUCAGUAUCACCACCCUCAUCUCCAUUUCCAUCAAGUAAAACUCCCGCCACAUCCACACAAUCUUCAACAUCAACAACGAAAUCUCAACAUAAUCCAAUUUUAGCACCAUUGGUCUAUCAAACACCGGAAGGAAUGAUGUACACAGCAGCGCCUACUACGGGAGGUGUACUACUAAGUUUAGCUCCGACAGAUGGUAGUAAUACUCAUCGGCAAUUCAUAACUAUUCCGUUAUCAAUGGUGGCGUCGAACGGUCAAGGUGAAUUAGAUUUAUCGAAAAGGAAAUGAUCAUUUGACCCAAUGAUAGUUCAUUUGAUUAUCUCAAAGACAAACCUUCGAUUAUAUUAUAUCUAAUGAAAAUCAAUAAAGGGCUAAGUAUUUCUAUGUAAAAUUAAACAAGAUUUCUACGAAGUAGCAUAAAAAUAUAACUAUGGAUUGAAUAAGAAUUUUGUAGCAAAUGAAUAUGUGGAUUUUGUUUUCGAAUUUCCACAGCAAAAUUCAAAAUAUUUUACAUAAACAGGUAAGAGAUGAAUGGUAUAAAUGCUAAAUAUUUUUUAGUUAUCGAUACAUUUUCAUUUACUUAUGCAUAUACAGGGUGCUUCUAAAUUCAUGCAACAAGUCUGGAGGUGAUUGCUUGUAUGAAAUUAAAAUGGGUCUUUCCUUUAACAAAAUUUCCUCAGCCCACCCAUUUGCGAAAUAUUGGGGCGUGUGUCUAGAAUUUAACUCUGGAGAUCGAGGAGGCUAAUGUUGGGGACCUACUCGACAAAUCCAACGGUACAUUAUUUGAAAAUUGAGGAAUUCGGAUGUUAACAAUUCACAAAAUCUAACACGUUGAUAAAUAUUAAUAUAAGAGAACUUGAACCCAUUGGAUGUGGCAAAGAUAUAACUGCUCCUCUCUUAAAACUCACUACACAGAUGAAUGGCUGAUAUUUAGGAUGUUGGCGAUUAUUCUUCUUUAACAUUCCAGUUUCGGAUAAGCGGUUGUGAAUACGUGCAAAUACGGAAUGAUAAGGCGUCGUUCAUGUCGGCCAUUCCGGUUUUUGUAUACAUGUUACAAUAUUCAGAUAAUGCAAAAAUAACAACCUAAAAACUUAAAAGUAAACUUCGAUUGGUAACUAAUCAGUGAUUUUUCAAGAGGUAUAGUAUUUAAUUUAAAAAAAAAACACAAAAAAUUUUCAAAAAUUGGAAUCGAUAGAAUGAUCAGUAUAAUUUGAUGUUUGAAGAUGAUUUCAUGGAAAUGUUGGCCGCGCCUCCGCUUUAGAUAGCCCAUGCGCAAGGUCCAAUUUUGACACACUCUCUCCAACAUAUCGAAUAAAUGCUUCAAUAUUGGCUUUCAGUACGUCACUCGUUGCUGAUUUAUCCCUGUUCACCGAAAUCGGCUUUUAAUUUGGCCAUUGUUCCGCGUGCUGUGUGGCAUGUGACAUCGUCUUCUUGAAACUGCAUGUCAGGCAUGUCCAAUUCUUCCAUUUUGGACAAAAAAAUCUUCAAUCAUCUCACCGUAGCGCUCGCCAUUCACAGUAAUGUUCCCGCCAUCGUUGCUUUUGAAGAUGAUGCCGCCGGCCCAUAAUCCACACCAAACAGUAUUUUUUCUGCAUGCAUUGGUAGCUCUUGGAAUGCUUCUGGCAGGUCUUAACUACAGAUGCAUCAAUUUUGCUUGUUGACAUUUCCAUUCAACCAGAAAUGAGCUUCGUCGCUGAACACAAUUUUUCGGUAAAAAAGUAGAUGUCCCUCCAACUUUGCCAGCGCUCAUUCACCAAAUGUAAGACGUUGUGGGAUAUCUUGAGGCUUCAAUUCGUGCACCAGCCGUAUCUUAUAGGUUUUACACCCAAAUUCUGUGAAUCGAUAAUUCACGGUCAUCAGUAACACUGGCGGAUAAUGCCGCAAAAUUUUCUUCGAUCUUCAAUGUAUCUUUGCAUAUUAGUAGUUUAAUGUCCAAUAGUGUGAAUUGGGUUUGAAAUUUAGUCACAAGCUUCCGAAUAGUUGCCUCAGUAGGCCGACCAAACUACUAAAUUGGAAGAAUUGCCCGAUGCGCUCUCUUAAUAGAGCAUGAAUUUUCAUAGUAAAAUUCAAUCAUUUACAAGCGUUAUUCAUUCGUAAAUCGAUUCAUGAUUAAAUUAUAGACCAAACUGAAUAAGUUUGACAAUGACACAAGACACGAUUCACGCGUUAUCUGUCAAAAACAGUGUUGCCAAAAAGAUACCAGCCAAAAAUUCACUCGUUAUCAACAACAUUUUUUGACAUCAGUCUACUAAAAUUUGAAUAAACAUUAAGUAAACAUGGUAAAUAAAUUGUCAAAGUGACAACGGACUACUAUUCUGAAACCUUGUAACUAAAAACAAAGAAGAGUUGGUUAUUUUUAGAAUUUAUUAUGAAUCUCAUUACAUUUUACUGUUUUUCACUCAAUUUAUUAAAAAAAUUAUAAAUUAUGGCGUAUAUUUCCUUUUCUCAGUAGCUAUGGGUUUUGAAAAAAAAAAUACCGAUUUUAAGUUAUAAUUUUAAUUUAUAAAGCUUUGUGAGUGCACGAAAAUCACAGAAUUUCAAGUUUCUCGUAUUACUAAUAUUUUAGAAAGAACAAAAUAAAAACUCAAUUUUAGUUACCACCGUAAUUUCAUACGAGCAUUCACCUCGUGAAUUUUGUUGCACUAGUAUCAAACGUUGGAUCGAUUUUAUGAGAGUAGUAUUUAUGGAGUUGCUCAUUUAUUAAUUAAGUUUUAAAGUUGCUGUCAAAUGUUGUAUGAGAAAAAAAUUCAUUAAAUUCAUGAUUUGCGGGUUCUACAUACAAAUUAUUUUCAGUGGAAAAUAACGAAAUAUAAUUUGAAAACAAUAUUACGUUUUAAAUUUUCUCUUUAUAAUUGAAUCGGUUUUUGUAACAGGUGUAACUCCAAGAAAGUAAACUUUGGGACAAGUAAGAAAAAACUGCUUAAAUCAAAAUAUUUCCCUUAAAAUAUUUCUUAAAAAUUGUCAAAAUGUAAAGAUAUUCAAUUUACAACAGAAUUCAAAAUUUUACACUUGUAUCUUUAUCCAUAAUUGUAGUUAUAUAGCUCUAAAAAUUUUAAGAACGAUCGCCCCUUUAAAAAAAGAGAUAAAAAACAAUUGAAUUUCAAGUAAAAACUGUUAUUUUUAAUGUAAGACAAUAUUUACGAUUUACUAAAAAGAUAGUAAAAUUACUUAAAUGAGUUUUAAAGGAGGGAAAAAAGCAAAGAUGUAGAUUUUAGUCCAUAUUUCUGAUUUAUGGGUCAUGGAUGUUUCUGCAGCUGGUAAUCAAUCUCUUGAGAUCUGUCAUCAGUUGGCCAGUCACAAAUGUCUUCGAAAAACCCCCGAUGCUCAUCUGGAAUGUAGGCUCUCAGUUUUUUAAUAUCUUAACCGAAGGUGGGAAGAGAGUAUCUGCUUUCGUCUUAGCCAGUAAAAAGUUAUGAUGAAUAAUACCAUUUAUUGUAGGUUAGGCUUCAAAUAUCCUUUUAACUUAAAUUCAUAAACGAACAUAAAUAAAGUACAUUCUAUCCUUCUUAUCUGUGCUUUGUUUUUUUGUUUCUUGUGAUAAACAAGAUUCUUUGUAAAACUUAUUUUGCCAUUUUCUGAACUCUAAAACUAUAUGAGAUGAUGUAACCUCAUGAACAGUGAACUUAUUAAACCGUGAUGAGUUUUGCAAAAUUAUGUCAUGAACAUAAAAAGUGCGGUCGUGUUUCUUUAAGGCCUUAGAUAUUUUUCCAAAAUCUUUGUCAUACGGGAGGAAACUGUGGCCGCGAACAGGGAAAUACUGAGUGACCUUCUGGAACCGACCUGAAUCUGUCAGGUAUAGCAGAACCUUGAUAUCGCUUGGUUUUUGUUUUGGCCUGAACAGUGUAUUGGUUUGGUAUUGAUUUCGGGUUUUCAUUAAAAAAAAAACAAAA